AUGUCUAACCUGGACGAGACACCAAAGCCGGAAGAAGAAACGGCGGUGAAAGGCCCUGUCGGGGCUUUGACAGAUAACUCGUCCAAUGAGCCCGCGAGUCAAUCAGCUGAUUUGACAAUACCCAAAAUCACUGUGCGCUUCCGUCCGAUGGGUGGCACCAAGCGGUUGCAAACAACAAUGUUUAAAGUCUCGUCGGAGCACGAGUUCUCCACGCUCGUUACCUUUCUACGCCGAAAACUCAACUUUGCCCCCCAAAACUCGCUGUUUUGUUACAUCAAUGCCUCGUUUUCCCCGGCGCUCGAUGCUCGUUUGGAAGACCUCUCCCAGGCGUAUGCCGUAGAGGGCGUCCUUAACGUCUACUAUUGUGCAACCGUAGCAUUUGGCUAA